GUGGUGGUGAUAGUGGUCGUGGUGGUUAUGGUGCUGCUGCACAAUUCUGACACCUCCUGUAGAGAAGACUGUAGUAAGAGACGAGUUUUAACUUCCUGUUCAGCGCGCUUUCCGCUGGCAGCAGGCCAGCGCCGACACUGUGACGUCACGGCGUGUGUUCCCGCAGCGCCUGGUUGCGCGCGCGCGUGCGGAGGAAAGUGUUCAUUUCGGAACUCCCCGGUCGGCUCAUGACACCCAGGACGCGGUAUUACUAAUACACUGGAGAGACUGGAGUGACAGAGAGAGGGACAGAGAGAGAGAGGAACGACCUACACCGAGCUCGAGUCUCAUGUCUGUAGCUUGAGCAUCCCAGCUUGACAUGGCAGCUGAGGAGAACGAAUGCUUGAGCCUCGAGCUCUCCAAACAGAGCUCUGAUCCCGUGAGGUCGUGGGAGUUGGAGUCUGUCCUGGCCAAUCGCGCACUCAGUUUCGUGUCCCAGCUUGAUGAGCGCUACAUGUGCCCGGCCUGCGGUGGCGCCAUUCUUAACCCCCACCAGACAGGCUGUGGCCACAUCUUCUGUGCCAAGUGUAUUAGAAUGUUCAUUGAGAGCGGCGACACAUCCAAGUGUCCCCUAGAUGGCAUUUUGAUCAAGUCGGAGGAGGUUUUUCAAGACAACUGCUGUAAAAGAGAACUACUAAAUCUUGAAGUUUACUGUAGCAACACUCCAGAUUGCAUACAAAAGGUGCCUCUGUGUAAUUUGCAGAAACACCUAACACUUUGUCAGUAUGAGACCCUGCAGUGCUCCAACCCCGGCUGCACCGACAUCCUGUUACGCAAGAAUUUACCAGACCACCAGCGAAACCUCUGUCAGUUUCGCACAGAGUUCUGUCGCUACUGCACAAAGCCGUACCCUGUUACCCAGCUCUCGGACCAUGAACAGAUGUCCUGUCCUGAAGCUGAUGUUCAGUGUCCUAAUAACUGCUCUCAGAUGGUUAAAAGGCAUAAGCUCAAAGGACAUGUAGAAGAGUGUCCAGAAGUGGAGACAGACUGUAUUUAUAAGCAAUAUGGAUGCUCAGUCCGAGAUAAAAGAAGCAAAGUGAAAGUCCAUGAAUACACUGAAUUUAGCCACCAUGUGCUGCUUGUACUGGAGAGCAACAGCAAGCUUGCUAAACAGGUAGAUCAGCUGCAGCAGGACUUGGCCCUCCAGGAGAGGGAGCUGAAGGAGAGGAACUUGCUUGUUGCUAAUCUUAACAGAGAGAUGACCAAGUGUGACAGCACAUUUUCUGCCAUUCAGAGGUCAGUGGUGGAGCAGAGGGAGUGCGUCUCCAGCGUUAAACAGGAGCUGCAGGAGCUGCGCAGUGUCCUGGAUGCUGAGCUGGCUAAACAGGAGCUGAGUGACCUCCGAGCUUCACUCGACUCUCUCAGACAGCAGGUGGCAAUGACACAGAGCCUCAGAGAUCACCUGGGAGCUUUGGGUCAGACGUGUCAGCGUCACACUCGACUCCUGGACAUCCACGUGGAGCAGCUGCAGUGUAACGAGCAACGUUUUCGCCAACUUGAGUCUACGUCAUAUGAUGGCAAACUCAUCUGGAAGGUUCAUGACUACCAGCGCAGGAAAGACGCCGGCAUGCCCCUCAACUCGCCUCCGUUCUACACCAGCCGCAGCGGCUACAAGCUAAGUGCCCGCGCGUACCCGGACGGGGACACAAGCGCCCGGGGCACGCACCUCUCCCUCUUCGUCAUGGUGAUGAGAGGUGACUUCGACUCGCUGCUGCCUUGGCCGUUCCGCCAGAGCGUCACGCUCACCGUGCUGGACCAGAGCGGCUCACGCAACCACAUCAGCUGCAGCUUCAGCACCGAUACCAACAAACAGAGCUUUCUCAGACCCACGGCUGACAGCAACGCCGCUUUAGGAUUCUCCCGCUUCAUUUCUCACACUGAUCUGGAAGGUCCCCGAAACGCCGUCUACAUACGAGACGACACUCUGUUUAUCAAAGUCAAGGUGGACACAACAGGGUUAGAAGAUUUGUAGUGUAUUCUGGGAGUGCGGAUCUAGUAAAGCUGGCCUUUAUGAGAUUUGUUUUUCAGGAUGCAAAUACAUAGUCAGCUCUAAAAUCUUUGGCACCCAUCAUGACUAUGUACAAACAUGACUGUAAGAACUUCGAAAUUAUUGGCACUCACAUUGAAUCCUUUCUUGAAGAGAAUAACAGAGAACUUUUUUCCCCUGUAAUGUCACACAAAAUUGGAGACAAGAGUAAAGAGAAUCGGGUUCACUCCAUUUUACAAAAAAUGCUUCUAGCUCUUUUAUAUGCAUAUAAAUUUCGUUUACAGCUUUUUAAAUCCAGAGACCAUUUUUUACGCAGUAGAGGUUUUGGAUUUAUUACCAUAACAAUUUGUGUGGAUGUGGAGGUCAGUAUCUUGAUGAUUUGACCUCCUGAUUUGGGCUAACAGAUUAGGAUGCUACAGCGAAAUGCUUUUUCUUUUUUUUUCUUUUUUUUUUGUUUUAAACCAAACAUGCAGAUAGGUUGCAUGGCUAGAAAGUUAGUGUGCGAUGCUUCUGAACAGCUUUGAUGGAGUUGAUGUCUACUAGCUGACUUUACAGUCCCAGAUUUUCCCAAUGAUGACCAGUUGUGAAAUACAAGAAAAAUCAUUUAUACACAAAGGAAACAGUAAGUGGUCACUGUCUGAUAACUGAAAGCAUUUCUUUCCACUGAUGAAUAUUUUUAUAUUUGUUAUCACUAACAGGUGCUAAUCAUUUCGACAUUUAUGUAUUUGAGAGAUAUUUAUCGGAGGAAAGUGACGUCUCUUUUCCUGAUUCAGUGGAAAUAUCGACCCGUUGUGUCUUACACAAAUUUUAUAAUCGAUGUUUAAUGCUUUCCCCGUUCUCUUGAAGGGUGCCUGUAAUUCCAGAGCAGACUAAGUUAUUUUCAGCCACAGAUUAAAUUAUAUUUAUACUGAAUUUACUGGAAAAAAAGAGGAAAUAACUCAGAGGACAAGCUGAGACACUGUAGCUGAUUGUGCUUUCUAAUAGUCUUUGUAUUUUUU